UCCCACUGUUUAUGUCUUCACAAGGCUGAGCAACCAAUUAAAAAAUUAGAAAAGAAGGACAACUGUUUUUGCAUCUAUUUUUUACACAUUUCAUAUUGGGAGGAAGUUAUUAGGCGCGGCUUUACUCAUGUAGGAAGGGAUCAGAGGACUGCCCAUUAACUAUAUCAAGAAAUAACUUUACAUCUGGCGAGGGGAUCGCAAAAACUAACUUGGACUCUGGACGUUUUUAGCAGAUAAACCCAAGGUAUACCAGGGCGUGCGUGUGAAGACCACUGUCAAGGAGUUACUGCAGAAGCACAGAGCCCUGCAGGCACAGAAAACCGCAACGAAAUCACAAGCCAUGGCUGGUCGCGAUGUCUGCUCUACGACCUUGAAUACCCACCUUGAUGUCUUCUCUGGAAUGCAAGCUCCAGAGCCUUAUUUCCAGACACGUCCCUUUACCGAAAAUGCCAACAUCCCGAUGGAGAAUGCUUAUGAUCAUCAACAGAUGAUGCACAUGAUGCCACCUGAGACUUUCAGCGGCAGUAAUUUCGUGUGUCCCACUUCAUCGCAGUGGUCUAAUGGAUAUAUGCCUUCAAAUACGGACCUCUAUGGUACUAGCCUGGUAUCGAGGUCACCUUCAGACUCCUUCAAUCUCCCCAGUCCAGUUGACUACAACAGUUACUCCCCCCCUCAGUCCCACUCUUCUUCUUCCUCGUGCUACAGCUCCCCGACACGGAUGGAUUUGAGCUCCAGUUUCUCUCCAGAGAAUUACCACUAUCAGCAUUGCAACCUUCAGCAUUGUUUUUGUCUGUCGCACUGGUCCAAUGCGCAGGAAGGCAUGGCGACUUCGGAGUAUGCGCCCUACGGCUCAUCAGACUGUUUGUUUUCAUAUAGCGACGACAGUUAUUUCAGAAGGGAUACCUCAAACUCAGAGAUGUGUUACUUAUAAAAUGCAGAUUUUUUAAGCACUUUGCGCGAAAAUUCAGUGUCAUAAUUGAUGCAUUUGAAUGCAUGUGUUGUAUUUUAGUUUAGAUCAAAGAAAAAGAAAUGAUAGAAUGCAUGAUUAGGCUUAGGUUUGGAGAGUUGUUUGUUAAGCAACAAGGUUGAUUGCAGAGAGCUAAAUAUGUGUGAGUAUAAUUUACAAAAUAUUCAUUUAUCUUUUCUACAAUAAACAUAUUUUUCAUAA